ACUUUAUGGGAGUGUCACUCACAGUUAGGCGUGUUCACUUUACUGUCAGUUCUCUGCCGGACAAAAACAGCUAAACGCUUUCUCAAAGACGAAGCUUGUUCUGCCUCCUUCGCCACUUAUUUAUUAAUUUUGUAAGCACUGAAGCAGUUUUUGGGUGCAUCCGAGUAAUUUUGCUCUUGGCGUCUGUUUUAAAAACAAGACAGAAUCACUAACCGGCUGCUGCAGACCUCAAGACAUUAAGUGUUAUUCAGAGGCUCUGGCGUGAUGUCAGACCCGGGCUUGUCAGAUGAUAGAGAGCUGAGGCCCAUAGACUUCAUCCAGCUUCAGCAUUACAUUGACUACUGCAGUCUGAAAGUAAAAGAUGUGUUAAAGGAAUUCAAUGCAGAUGGCAGGUUAGCCAAAUACAGACAUGGAGAGUGCAUUGAUGAGGAAGGUUUCCGGCUCUUCCUGAAGACAUAUUUGGAGGUGGAGGACUUCCCAACAAAUCUGUGCCAGCGGCUAUUCAAAUCCUUCCAGAACUCAGAGUCGGCAAAAUCAGAUGAAAACAGGGAAGUCUUUCUGAAGGAUGUAUCCUGUUAUUUCUCUCUCCUGGAAGAUGGGCAGCCCAGGGACAAACUUGAGUUUGCCUUUAGACUCUAUGACAGAGAUGGCAACGGUGUUCUGGACAGUUCGGAAGUGGACCGCAUUAUUGCCCAGAUGAUGCAUGCAGCAGAUUACCUUGGUUGGGAUGUUUCUGAACUGAGGCCUGUGCUGAAGGAUAUGAUGACAGCGAUUGAUGCAGAUAGCAGCGGAACGGUGUCAUUACAGGAAUGGGUGGAGGGGGGGAUGAAUAAUGUCCCACUACUGGUUUUACUGGGAUUGAAGAUGACCCAAAGAGACGGCCAGCACCUGUGGAGGAUGAAACAUUUCAACAAGCCUGUGUACUGCAACGUCUGUCAGAAUAUGUUGCUGGGGCUCCGCAAACAGGGUCUCUGCUGCACCUGCUGCAAAUACACAGUCCAUGGCCGGUGUGCCAAUAAAAACCCGGCUUCUUGCACUCGCACAUAUGUGAUGUCAAAGAAAGAGACAGGGAUUGCAACUCAUGACUGGGUAAGCGGAAACUGUGAUUCUGGGAAGUGUGACCGGUGUCAAAAGAAGAUCAAGAGUUUGCAAGGCCUUACCGGGAAACGCUGUGUCUGGUGUCACUCCUUGAGACAUGAUGAGUGUGCAACCCAGGAACCAUUCGAAUGUGAUUGUGGCCCUUUCAGAGAUCAUAUCUUACCACCAUGGGCAAUUUAUCCCGUCAUCAAGGAGAGGCAAAACUGUGUAAAGAACAGCUGCGCAUUUUCAGGUGAUGACAGUGACCACAACACUACACCUGACGGACAGGUGCUACAGAUAACCCCAAUUGCUGACACUCAUCCUCUUUUAGUGUUUGUGAAUCCUAAAAGCGGCGGUAAACAGGGAGAGAGAAUCCUUCGGAAAUUCCAAUACUUGUUGAAUCCUCGGCAGGUUUAUAAUCUUUCCAGUGGUGGGCCAGGUCCAGGGUUAUGUUUCUUCAGAGAUCUGCCGAACUUUAGAAUAUUAGUUUGUGGAGGUGAUGGCACAGUGGGCUGGAUCCUGGACGCUAUAGAUAAAGCCAACCUGGCAGCGCGCCCCCCAGUGGCCGUGCUUCCUCUUGGCACAGGAAAUGAUCUUGCACGGUGUCUUCGAUGGGGCGGAGGUUAUGACGGGAUGGAUCUGGGCCGGAUUUUGAAGGACAUUGAGGCCAGUUCUGUGGUGCAGAUGGAUCGCUGGAGCAUACAGGUGAUCUUGGAGGACAGUCAGGAGAGAGGUGAUCCUGUUCCCUACGAAAUCAUCAACAACUAUUUCUCCAUUGGAGUGGAUGCCUCCAUCGCUCACCGCUUUCACACCAUGAGGGAGAAACAUCCACAGAAGUUUAACAGCAGGAUGAAGAACAAACUGUGGUAUUUUGAAUUUGCCACGUCUGAGACAAUCUCAGCAUCCUGUAAAAAACUCAAGGAGUGUCUCACCAUUGAGUGUUGCGGGACUCAGUUGGAUCUCAGUUGUCUUUCUCUGGAGGGAAUUGCCGUCCUCAACAUUCCCAGCAUGCACGGUGGCUCCAACCUGUGGGGUGAAGCCAAAAAAAGUGAAAAAGCGGACCAGGACUUGCCUGAGGUCAUAGUAGACCCUGAAGUCUUAAAAGUGAGCCCGCAAGACAUGAGCGAUGAACGUGUGGAGUUGGUGGGGUUGGAAGGAGCCAUUGAGAUGGGACAGAUAUACACAGGGCUGAAGAGCGCAGUCCGGCUUGCCAAAACAUCUCAGAUUACCAUCAGGACAAAGAAGCCUUUGCCGAUGCAGAUAGAUGGAGAGCCGUGGAUGCAGCCACCUUGUACCAUUAACAUCACACACAAGAACCAAGCUAGUAUGAUGAUGGGCCCUCAAGCCAAAUCUGGCUUUUUCAACCUGAAAUAGAGUUUACCUUCGCUUGAGGAUGAUCCAUGUCACUUCAAAACUGUGUGUGCAUUAACAAGGACUCUGAAGCCAAUGAAAGUUUAAAGCAAUUAUGUUAAUUUCGCAACAGAUGUUUACUUACUCAAAUCCUUGUGUUUUAGGAGAUUAUCCUUACAUGAGGUACAAACUUUUCAUCUUAAUAUCAAUUAUGCUCUCUUUAAAGAAAUGUAGUGCUCUUAAACAGUAGGUCAUCAUGCAUUCAUUUUUGCAUGCAUUUUUUUUGCUGUGAUAUACAUAUAUUAUAUGCACAGGUCAUUCCAAGUACAUAUGUUGAAUACUUGUUUUAAGGUUAUGUAGAUAUACAUAAAAUAUGCAUCACUCCAAAGCAUCUAGUGAAUUUGCUGUGCAAAACAGUGACUUUGCUGUAAGAUUAGAAGCAGAUCUGCAUUAACUCUGCACUGUGCUUUUUGUUUUUCCUUUAGAUUUUUUUUUUUCUCUCAGCUAAGCCUAAAUCUUCUGUUGCUACUGCAGUUACUAAUCAUGAAUGUCAAGAUUAAUCCAAUGUGCCAGUGCGCUCUUUGCCAGAACAAUGACUAGAUUUAGCAAAUCAAAAUCUUAAGAGCUUGAUGAGACAUCUAAUUUAUUUGCUGUUAAAUUGUACACCUAAAAUAGUAGGUGUAAUAUUGAGAUAAUAUAUUGAAACAAAAUCCAUGGUAUGUUAAUUAGGUUUCACUGUAUUAAGAAUGUAUUGAGUCAGUUGUGUGCUGUUUUUGCAACAUUUCAUACAUUUAAAUAGUGAUAGUAAUCUGUUAUUUUAGUUUGUUCUUAUAACUCAGUGGACAAAAUCCUAAAGGUUUUAGAUUGCACUGCAAAUGAAUGGCCCUCUGGCAUAGCUUUAUAAUUCUAUGUUGUUCCUGAGAAUGUAAAGCAUCUAUUAAUUUUUUGAAUUUGUCUGAAUAAACAUUUCAAUGUUA